AUAACCGGAAAAGGUUGCCGACUUGCCGGAAAAAGAAGCAGUUCCGCCAUUGUGUCGUCUACAUUCCGUUCUGAGCGUGAAAACACAAACAGAUUGAAAAUGACAUAAUUGGCACUGCGUCUCACAGAUAGCUGCACAGUGUUGCUUCUUGAGAGGGUUCGACACUAAUUAUUCUUUUUGUGUCCGCCUGUCGCAAGAUAAUAAGCAUGGGGUCGUCCAAGAAACACAAGGAAAAGAGCCGCGACAAGGAGGCCGAGGAGCGCCGUCGUGAGCACAAAAAACACCGCCGCAAGGAGCGUGACACAGACCGGGAUCGUGACGGUAAAGAUAAGCGGAAACGGUCUUCGUCCAGAGACAGAAAUGGCCGUGAGAGCCGCAUUAAAAGAGAAAGGACCACCGGGGAGCCGCGCCUUAAGAGAGAGAAAAUGGACCCAGGAUAUGAAGCUGGAAAUACCGAGACGCAAACUCAGUCUGCAAGUGGGGAUGCAUCCCUCAGCAUCGAGGAGACCAACAAGCUCCGAGCCAAGCUGGGCCUUAAACCUCUGGAGUUGAAUGACAACAAAAAGGAGCUGGGCACCAAAGAGGAGCCGCUCGUGGCCGAGACCAUCAAUCCCUCGCUCAUCCAGAAGCAGAAAGACCUCAAGGAAAAGCUGGCGGCCAUGAAGGAGAAACGCCUCCUCAAUAAAAAAUUGGGGAAAGUCAAAACCUUGGCCGAGGAUGACUGGCUGGAAAACACGGCGGCCUGGGUGGAGAAAAGCCGGACGGCGGCGAAAGAAAAAGAGAUGGCGGAGAAAAGAGCCAAACUCCUGGAGGAGAUGGAUCAGGAGUUUGGCGUGAGCAGCUUGGUGGAGCAGGAGUUUGGACAAGCCAGGAACAGCACCUACACAGCCCGUGAUCUGAAGGGCCUUAAAGUCCAGCACAAGGUGGACUCUUUUGGCGAGGGCCAGACCGUCAUCCUCACGCUGCAGGACAAAGGCGUCCUGGAGGAAGAGAAGGAGGACGUGCUGGAAAACGUGGGGCUGGUGGACAGAGAGAAGGCGGAGAAGAAUGUGGAGUUGAAGAAGAAGAAGCCCGACUACAAGCCCUACGAAGAGGAGGAGAGCGUGGACGACAUGAUCACCUUCAAGUCGCGCACCGUGCUGUCGAAGUACGACGAGGAGAUCGACGGCGAAAAGAAAAAGAGCUUCCGCUUAAACGCGGGCGGCUUUGCCGACGGCGCACGAGAGCGCGAGCUGCAAGCGAUGAGACAGGUGCUCAGAAGUCAGGCCCAGACUUUGGAGAUGCCCUCUCUCGCCAUCGCGUCUGAGUACUACAGCCCUCAGGAGAUGGUCGGCUUCAAGAAGACCAAACGACGCGUGAAGAAGAUCCGAAAGAAAGAUAAGACAUCCGUGGCGGACUUUUUGCUCCUCGACGACAGCCGCAAAACAGACUUUGGCUCCAGGACACGUGGCCGAGGCAACAAGGAGGAAGAAAACGAGGGAGAAAUAAAGGAUGACCGGUGGGCGCACGAGAAAGCACCGCAGAUGUCCGAUGACAUCAGGACGGCAGAUAUGGAGAUGAGCGACGACGAGGACUUCACGCUGCCCGAGCCGACCAUCAUGGAGGAAGAAGAGAUUGAGCAGGAGCUGCAGAAACAAUUGGAGAAGCAGAGGAAACUCAAGCAGAAGCAGCUCCUCCAAGACUCCGGGGCGAAGAUCGCCGAACGGCUCAAGCAGCUCAUCAAAGAAGACCCCGACAACGACCCAGAGAAGAAGAGCAACAUUGUUUUUAACGCCACCUCUGAGUUUUGCAGAACUCUAGGUGAUAUUCCCACAUACGGCCUGUCAGGCAACAGAGAGGACCAAGAGGACAUUAUGGACUUUGAGCAAGAGGAAGAAAAAGAAGGCGGCGAGGACUCCAACUCCGAUAUGGACGACAACAUUGGGUGGAGCACCGUCAACUUGGACGAGGAGCAAAAACACCCCGACUUCGCCACGGGAUCGGCCACCAUUUUGGAUGAAGAGCCGAUCGUCAACUCUGGCCUGGCCGCCGCCUUGCACCUGUGUAAGAACAAGGGACUCUUAGAAACGGAGGUCCAGAAGGUGGCCCGCGUCAAAGCGACCAAGGGCGCCCUGCCAAACGACAACUACUGCAUCGAGGACAAGAUGGGCUUCGAUGACAAGUACAGCCGGCGGGAAGAAUACAGAGGCUUCACGCAGGACUUCAAGGACAAAGACGGCUACAGGCCCGACGUCAAGAUCGAGUACGUGGACGAGUCUGGCCGCAAGCUGACGCCCAAGGAAGCUUUCAGGCAGCUGUCACACAGGUUCCACGGGAAAGGCUCGGGCAAGAUGAAGACGGAGAGGAGAAUGAAAAAGCUGGAGGAGGAGGCGCUGCUGAAGAAGAUGAGCAGCAGCGACACGCCCCUGGGGACCGUGGCUUUGCUGCAGGAGAAGCAGAAGUCUCAGAAAACGCCGUACAUCGUGCUCAGCGGGAGCGGCAAGAGCAUGAACGCAAACACCAUUACUAAGUAAAAGCGUCAAGUAGUUUGUGACACUCGCGUGUCUUAAAGUGACGUGAUUGCUGCAAAUAAUGACACGCUUUGUUGAUGUAGAUUAAAUGAUUCAAUAAAUGUAUACAAAUAUG